AUGUAUAGCGCCCUCCUUGAACUGAUGGAGACCAACACUAGACUGAAUCUGGGCGAAGAGAAUGACAGUGUGCACGUCACAGAGUUCAAUUGGGGCGAAUCUGUCAGCAGCGAUAUCCCGAUCGAAGACAUCGAAGUCAUCCUAGCUGCGGACUGCGUCUAUUCUGAACCCGCCUUCCCUCUCCUCGUCCGAACCCUCUGCGACGUCGCCCCCCUCGGCAAAACCAUCGGAAUCCUAUUCGCCUACAACAAGCGACGCAACGCCGACAAAAAGUUCUUUGCCAAGCUCAAGAAGCACUUUACGAAUGCGUUCGUGGAAGAUGACAAGCCUGGGGAGAGGGAGAGAUAUGGGAGGCAAGGUGUGAGCUUGAUGAGACUGACGCGGAAAAAGUAG